AAACAUAGGAGACUGAGUACGACAAUCUGGCAACGUUGGUGGGGCUGUUGCUAGCCGAGGGUGUGUUUGGUUCACGCGUCUAUAGUGCUGCCUGGGGUCGGAGGUUGCUGGCGAGUGGCGGUUUUGACCUCUCAUUUCCAGUCACCCACCUGCCAGACUUCAAUAGCUUAAUCAACAAGUAGAAGAACCCUGAGGAUAAUGGACACCACACGUGGCAGCAAAGAGAUGGUCAUUUUAGCUGGGAACUCCCAUCCUGAGUUGGCCAACCUCAUUGCCAGUCGCCUCGGUAAGCCUCUUGGAAACCUAUCUGCCUACCACAGCAGCAACCAGGAAACUAUGGUGGAGAUUGAUGACUCAGUAAGAGGGCGAGAUGCAUUUAUUCUUCAGACUGGUACAAACCGGCUAGAGGCGCCAGUAGGGAGGGCGGAGGUGAAGGAAAUGGCCAACCGAGAGACAAGUGUUGAGAUCAUGGAAUCAGUGAGAGAGAAGAGUGUUUACCUCAUACAGACAGCCAAUCCCAAAGACGUCAACAACAAUAUCAUGGAGUUAUUGAUCAUGGCCUAUGCCUGCAAGACCUCCUCAGCUCGUAACAUAGUGGGGGUCGUUCCUUACCUGCCCUACUGCAAGCAGAGCAAGAUGAGGAAACGAGGCUGCAUUGUAUCCAAACUUCUUGCAAAAAUGAUGUACAAAGCUGGCCUGACCCAUGUGAUUACAAUGGAUCUCCACCAGAAAGAAAUUCAGGGCUUCUUUGAGUGCCCAGUGGACAAUCUCCGAGCCUCUCCCUUCCUGCUGCAGUACAUCCAGGAGAGUAUCCCAGACUACCGCAAUGCCGUCAUAGUGGCUCGUGAUCCAGGCUCUGCCAAAAAGGCAACAUCUUACGCCGAGCGUCUGAGACUAGGCAUUGCAGUUAUCCAUGGUGAGCAGAAAACCAAUGAAGAUGAACAAGCAGAUGGACGCAAUUCUCCACCACUUGUUGAACACUCGCGCAUCAUGGAUGUGGGAGUUGGGGUGCCUGCCCUCGCUGCUAAAGAGAAGCCCCCAAUUAAUGUGGUUGGAGAUGUUGGGGGCCGCAUCGCCAUCAUGGUGGAUGACAUGAUUGAUGACGUGGCUUCCUUUGUGGCAGCAGCAGAGGUCCUAAAGGACCGUGGUGCCUACAAGAUUUAUGUGAUGGCCACUCAUGGACUCCUCUCCUCAGAUGCUCCACGGCUCAUUGACGACUCCCCAAUUGAUGAGGUGGUGGUCACAAACACUGUGCCGCAUGAGAUCCAGAAGAUGCAGUGCCACAAGAUAAAGACUGUUGACAUCAGCAUCCUCCUGGCAGAGUCCAUUCGUCGCAUUCACAACAAUGAGAGCAUGAGUUAUUUGUUCCGCAAUGUUACCUUGGAAGAUUAAUCACUGUUUUGGCAGGCUUGUAAUGAGUGAAUGCUCUGUAAUCUGGAAUUUGACUUGGUUUCGGCAGUUAUGUGGAGGAAUGUGACAGUCUUGUUUAUGAUAAUAACGGUGCUUGUUUAUAAUAAUAACACCCUCAUGAAGUUUGGCCCUUAGUUCCUCAGUGAUAAGGCGUUCAAAUGUGUCACAGUUAAUUAGGUAUGAAGGAUAGAUUAAUUCUACAGUUGUAUUGUAAGUUUAGUUUUGUGAUGCCGCAAGCAUUUGUUAUAAAAAAGAAUUGCAUGGCUACUGUAUGAGUCAAAAAAAUGUAAAUGUAUAAAUUUAUGAAGUCCUGUGCAUAUAUAAAUGUUCAUAUACCUCAAAGAUAUAUAAACACCCCCUUAUGUGUGUAUUUACUUUGUUGUUUUUACCUAGUUUUAGCAUACAUGAUUAGUUAGUCUUGCGUUGUCCUGUCUUCAUAUCUGUUGUUAUCCACAUAAGUUUUAAAGUGGUGGAUGCUCCUUGCUUGCACCACCUCCUCACCCAUUUCAUUUCAAAUCUAAUACUCUUAUAUUGUAAACAAAAUUCCUUUAUAUUAUUACCACAUUUAGUCUUUAUCUUUUAUGUAUGACCUCUUGUUCUUCCAUCAUCUGUAGUCCAUUAUCUGUAUGCUUUUUCUAGUCCUCUGACUUUCUUGAACAUUAUUAAGUCUCCUCUUCCUCUUCUGCAUUAUUCAUCAGUUUUACAUACCAUAAACUGUACUGCAAUUUACAUCAACCACUUACAAAUAUAUAGGCAUUGAAAUCUCACUCAA